AGAAUGUGUGUGCGUGCGUGCAGGGAGAUAUCGCUGAAAAGCGGAACAGGAAGUGAAGAUACUAGAGCCUCCUCGUACACAACUUCUCUGCUCUCCCGCUGUGCAGCGAGUUCCUCUCCCGUCCUCAGACGAAGGUCCCCAUCAUGGGAAAAGUGAAGGGCAAGCCUGGGCCCUUGGCCCGGAGGCCAGACAACUCGGCUUUCAAACAGCAGAGGCUACCUGCCUGGUCUCCCAUGCUGACUGCGAACACUGUGCUGCCUUUCUUCUACUUUAUGGCUUUGAUAUGUAUGCUGCUGGGAGUGUGGCUGCUUCUCACAGUUCAGAGAACACAGGAAGUAAAGAUGGAUUACACCAAAGCUGGGGAAUGUUCCAGGUGUUUUGAAAAGCUUAAAAAUGAGAGCAACGCAGGACAGAGCUGCAUCUGCACAGUGGUCCUCCACAUCGAGAAACCCUUGAAGGGAGACGUCUUUUUCUAUUACGGCCUCAAGAACUUCCACCAGAACCUCCGCAGAUACAUGGACUCCAGAGACGAUGGACAGAUGGUCGGCAGGAAGACCAACUUAAAGAACCCCAGUUCUUACUGCAUGCCGUUCGAUUACCAGAACGGACUCCCCAUCGCCCCCUGUGGUGCUGUGGCCAACAGCAUGUUCAACGACUCCUUCACUCUGUACUAUAAUAAAUUGGGAAGCCCAGUGAAGGUUCCAUUGCUUCGGAGAGGCAUCUCAUGGUACACGGACAAAAAUGUCAAGUACCGCAACCCCAAGAUGGACAACUUGACCCUGGCUCAAGUGUUUGAAGGCACAGCUAAGCCUCUGUUCUGGCAGAAACCCGUGUACGAGCUCGAUCCGUUUGAUCAAACCAACAACGGCUUCAUUAACGACGACCUGAUCGUGUGGAUGAGGGAAGCAGCAUUCCCCAACUUCAAGAAGCUCUAUGGAGUUUUACACCGAGGCGACGACCCCUUUACUAAGGGGCUCCCAGCGGGGACUUACACCAUCGAGAUAUCCUACAACUUCCCUGUGCAGCAUUUCCAAGGCAGGAAGGAACUGGUGCUGACCACGCUGACCUGGUUCGGAGGUCAGAACCAUUUCCUGCCCAUUGCUUACCUUGUGACCAGCAGUCUGAUCCUCCUGGUUGCCAUCGUCCUCACGGUGGUGUGGUGGAAGUUUGGAAAGACCGGGAUGAACAUGGAAGAGUGAAGGGAAAAGCAUUCAAGCCGUUGAAGAUCGAUAAUUGCUGUUUUUAAAAUACUUGAAAGGAAAAAUGGUUCUAAAGAGGUUUACAGGUUGAUUUGAAUUGGUGAACUUUGUUAUUUUUAACACACCACACAUCAUGGACUGUUAAUAUUUAUAAGAUAAUUAUAUUUAUUUUAAUUAUCACAUUAAAAGUUAAGACCCAGUCACUCUGGUGUUGAGGCUCCGCAGUAAAUGUGAUAUACAAAGUGUGAUGUAUAAUAAAGUGAGACACCAGCCGACCCAACCUUGAAACUCCCAGUCAAAAAACUGAAUUGUUGUUUUUAAUUUAAUAUAAUUAAUGAGAUUAAUCUGUGCAAUGUUGUCUUAUGGCAAGAAGGUCUCCGGGUUCAGAUCCAGGAACGGCCGGGCUCUUUCUGUGUGGAGUGUGUGUGUAAUUGAGGAAUCUAAAUUACCUAUAGGUGUGAAUGGGAAUGGUUGUUUGUCUCUAUAUGUUCCAGUUUACCCUCCGCUACCCUCAAAUAUAGAAAACGGAUAGAUGGAUAAAAUGUUCAGCUCGUGCUGUUUCUACGUCAAGGUUUACAUGAUCUAGAUGUUGUUAUUCAGCCUGAGACUAAAAAUCCACAAUCAUGUUAGCAGCUGUCUCAGGGUUCAAGGCAGCUUAGAGCUAAAUGCUUCAAGUAAACAUGCAACAUGCUGUUUUGCAGGUAUGUUUAUUAUGUGCGCAAGCUCCGUGUUUGUCUGGCAACACAAAGUACAACUUGAAAAUGUCAUUAACUUAACAGAUAUUUAGCUGUGAUCGAAGAAAAUGACUGAUUCUGUUUUAAUGUGUUUUUCCAUAACGUUAAAUAUGGUUGUUGAUUGAGAAAAAAAAAACUAUUUGUAAUUGUGAACUCUGCAUGUCUGAGACGAACGAUAAACAGACAUGAAUCAUAUGCAAGUUGACUGCACUUAAAAAAGAAAAAUGUUUAAGAACUUCAUUAAAGGAAAAAACUAAGUUUCUUCAAAUCCAAGAUUUAAUUUAUGUCAACACAACUUUUUGAUUGUAAUUUGAACCCAAUAACUUUGUGUUAGCAAUCUGCAUUUAUUCGGUUUGUUCAACAACUUUUUGUCAGUGUGUAAUGAUUUUUACUGUCUUGACGACAGCUGAAGAUUGAAAUAAAACAUCUCAUGACGUAAUAA